AUGAGCAUGGACGAUCGUAACUCUGAAGCUUCAAGCUCUACAGCUCAUCGUAAAGGCACCGUUCCCUCUUCAGGAAAUAUCAAAAAAGUGAACGGGAAGAACUCUAAAUGCUUGCGCUGUGAGGUGGCAAAACAAAAAGAAAAACAAGAACGACGUCUUUUGAUAAAAUAUAUCUCUGGUGCUUUUCCUGGAAGUGGUUUUCUUGACAGUGAUAAUCCGUUCAAGAUACUAAAGGAUUUUCAAAAGUCUGCAAAUGCACAUGAGCGCUUGAAAACUGAACUCUGGCAGGCAAAUGAUCAAAUUGAGAUGAUUUUUGAAAAUAAUAAAUUGAAGACUAAAAAACUCGAAGAAAACUACAGAAAUGCAAAGGAUCAGCUCAAACUUAAGGAAGCGCAUCAUCUGAAGCUUACUCAGCGAAUCGAAGAUCUCGAGAAAAAAUUGGCAGAAAAAGAUGAACGGCUGAAUUAUCUGGAGCAACUUCCAAAUCAAAAUGAACUAUGUUCAAUGCUUCAGAAAGAAAUUUUGAAACUUCGUUCAUCGCCUGCUAGAGAUAGUGAAAUUGACAUUUUGAAGGAAAGUCUUGAAGCUCAGAAACAAUCUGAAACGUGGAAGAUCCAGAAGCUUACAACAGAGAAUAAGAUACUGAUGAAUGAAAAAGAUGAGAGAAUUUUGAAGCUUGAAAAGUAUAUUGAAAGCAUGAGAACCAAGAAAUUUUAAGAUUGAGAAAAGAGCUCGAGAGAAGAGAAAAUAGCUUGAGAGAAGCACAGUCUCGAAAUGAAAAAUCACAAAGUUUAUCAUCUCAAUUCAUGAAACAGAGGGAUCCUGACAUCGAAUUAAUCUACCACUCAGAAAAUAGAGGAAAAGCGAGCAGUAAAGAUAAUGCAAUGGAAACCAACUCCCAUAGUUCUAGUGGAACUAAAAAGAGAAGAGUUAUUUCUUCAGAAGAGUUGGAAGCUUCUUCCUCGUAUCCUAUCGCAAGCAUGAAGAAUUGUCUGAAAAAUGAAGAAAUUCAGAAAAUGCAAAAAGCUCUGAAAGAGAAAGAUGAGCAAAUUUCGAAACUUACCGAGCAACUUCAAGGACUUCUGAUUAAUCGGGACAAAGAAACAAAAGUGGAGGAUUUGCAGCAAUUCGAAUACGAUGGGGAUUCUGACGGAUAA